AUGGCUGUAUUGUCGCCCUUGACCACCGAUCCAGACGAUCUCGAGAUCAAGACUAAGUUGCCANAUGCACUCCGCUUCUGGCGCGGCCGCCACUAUGCUCGCGCCAGAAACAUGGAACUUGAUUUGCCGAUCCCGCCCUCGCCGACGGACACGAGCAAGCCUGAUUGGACGAUGGUAAGGAAAGCUUGGUGGAGUGUCAUCGACUUGGUAUACCGCUCGGCAAACUCACCCAUGCGUUUGGCAAUGGAUAUGAGGAUCACAGGUGACAGUGACAUAAUCAUGGCUCCCCAACGUGGGAAUAGUCAUGGCACCGUAGCUCUCGAGAUCGGCUCGGUCACUGACACUGUUACCGAAGAAGAGUGGCAGACUUUCUGUCAAGGCCUGGUAGAUGCAUUGACUGCACUGGCUCCUGAAGGUAGGCUCCGACCACAUUGGGGAAAAGAGUGGGUGAAAAUGCGUUUCGGUGGUCUUCCAGCUCGUGAGUAUGUUCGGACAGUAGCAUAUAAAACCGAGAUUACCGAGUGUUUGGCCACAUUGGAGAUGAUCGGCAAACGACAAGGAUGGACUUUGAAGGACUUGCACAAGAGGUUCUCUAACAAGUUGUUGGAUGACAUUUUCUUCUGCGAGACUCUGACUCAAGCUUGA